CACACCACACCAACUUCCAAACUCAGUCGCUCCAUCAGUCGAUCCCCCACAAAUUUGAGCAGCCAAAAUGAGCAUCAAGUCAGAAACCAAUGAGCGUAGCAGCACAAUCCAGAGCGCCGGCCACCGGAUAUGCAGCAUCGUCAAGCUGUGCUACCAACACCUGAUGCUGGCGGUCUCCUACGCACUCUACCUCUUCCUGGCGCCCAUCAUCCUUGCCACACUCGUGCUCCACCUCUCACGACACACUAGCGCUGACGAUGACCUCAUCGUGUCCGCACGCUCCACGCUCACCGCUAAUCUGCCCUUCACCGUCGUCGUCGUCGCCGCCGCCGCCACUGCCGUCUACCUCAUGCGGCGGCCGCGGGCCGUCUACCUGCUAGACUUGGCGUGCUACAAGCCCGGGGCGGAGCACGCGGUGACCCGGGAGACGUUCAUGCGGCUUGUCGUCGGGUACGGGACCUUCUCCGACGACAGCCUUGCUUUCCAGCGCAAGAUCCUGGAGCGGUCGGGACUGGGGCAAGGAACCUACUUGCCCAAGGCCCUGACCAGCUCGCCGCCCAACCCGUGCAUGGCAGAGGCCCGCCGCGAGGCGGAGGCUGUCAUGUUCGGCGCCGUCGACCAGUUGCUUGCCAAGACUGGCGUCCGCGCCGGCGACAUCGGGAUCGUCGUCGUCAACAGCGGCCUCUUCAGCCCCACACCGUCGCUCUCUGCCAUGAUCGUCCACCACUACAAGCUCCGCCGGGACGUUUCCAGCUAUAACCUCGCCGGCAUGGGCUGCAGCGCUAGCCUCAUCUCCGUCGACCUCGCCAAGCAGCUGCUUCAGGUGCAGCGGAACACCUACGCUCUGGUCGUGAGCCUGGAGAUCAUGGCGGCCAGCGCGUACGUCGGCAACACCCGGUCGAUGCUCGUGCCCAACUGCAUCUUCAGGAUGGGCGGCGCCGCCGUGCUCCUGACCAACCACGGCACGGAGCGGCGCCGGGCCAAGUACCAGCUACUGCACACGGUACGGACGCACCAGGGCGCCGACGACCGGGCGUACCGCUGUGUGUACCAAGAAGAGGACGAGUCCGGGCACGUAGGGGUGGCGCUGUCCAAGGACCUCAUGAGCGUGGCUGCCGAGGCGCUCAAGACCAACAUCACGACGCUGGGACCGCGGGUGCUGCCCAUGUCGGAGAAGAUGAAGAUGAUGCUCGUCGGCGGCAAGGCGGCGGUGGUGCAGGUGCUCGGCGUGCAGCAGCAGGGCCAGGGCGGCAGCAGGAGCAGGCCCUAUAUCCCGGACUUGACGACGGCGUUCGAGCACUUCUGCAUCCACGCCGGCGGGAGGGCGGUGCUGGACACCGUGGAGAGGAGCCUGGACCUCAGCGCGUGGCACAUGGAGCCGUCACGGAUGACGCUCUACCGGUGGGGGAACACCUCCAGCAGCUCGCUGUGGUAUGAGCUCGCCUACACGGAGGCCAAGGGACGGGUGCGGCGCGGCCACCGCGUGUGCCAGAUCGCCUUUGGGUCAGGGUUCAAGUGCAACAGCGCUGUGUGGCGCGCGCUGCGCACCAUUGAUCCAGCCAAGGAGAGCGCCGCCGCCGGGAACCCGUGGGUGGAGGAGAUCCACAGGUUCCCCGUCGAGGUGCCUCAGGUAGAGAGGGUCGACGUCGCCGCCAUGGCGUCCUGACUACAGCGUGGGAGCGCGAUCGACGACUCUGGUUGCGUUAGUGGGUCAACUUCAAGAUUGGCUAUAUAUAUACGUACUCCGGUCUGAGUUAUAUAUAAGAUGCAAUCAAUAAAUCUGUACGAUUAGUUGGAGAGUGUUAUACGUGUGUCUACGUGUCUAUUAGAAAAAAAAACAAUACUUUUAAAAAAUUUGUCCUUUU